AUGGAGCUGCCAACCGCCUCACCCAUAUCACCUCUUCGAACGGCCAUAUUCCACGUUGGCACUCCACCGAUACAGCAUGCACCGUUGUGUGCGCUCUCGAGCACCACCUUUGAGUCGCUGCGUGAAAGCAAUGAACACUCGUUCAGUCCGGCCACUUCGUUCGAAUCCGAUUUCGAUCUGCAGAUUGCGCAACUCAUCACAAUAACAUUCACUUCUUGUGCGCCGUAUCCUUGUGCUGUCGUCGUUGAGUCAACUGUCCAUGUCGUUGAUAGAUUCACAUCUGAUAGUAGCGAAUGCAAGAUGUUAAAGUAUUGA